AUGUAUUUCAUAAACAACUACACGUUAAUAAUCCUAGCAUUAAUAUUCCCACCAAUACCAGUCAUCAUCACAAAGGGCAUAAGAAAAGAUCAUUCACUACUGCUAAACCUACUCUGGCAUUUCAUAGGAUACAUACCUGCUGUGAUACACUCCAUAUUUGUGAUUGCACAAUGUGAAUAUGGUGGGUUUGUCAGUAAACCAAGUGAUUGGAAAUACAUCAAGUUGAAUAGUCCGAGUUAUCCAUUGAUGGAAAUGGGAAGAGCAUUUGUGGCCAUUGAACGUACAGAGAGUGGUGAAUCUGACGAUUCAGUUGAUUCCACAUCCUGUGUCCAGCUAGACAAUAGCCCAAUGUCACUAAAAGAUGAUGAUACUCUGGUUUAA